CAAUAUUUAUAUAUUAGAGAUAUCAAUCAACAUUGUGUUCUGGCAGUGUAUAAGGAAACCUGAAGCAAUAGACCAAUGGCCUGUGGGUAGAUACGCUCAUGCAGGUGCUAUUAUUAUAACUGGAUCAGACUGUCCUAUGCUAGUGAUAAGUGGUGGGGAAGAUGAUAAUUAUGAUAUAUUAGAUGAUUGCUGGAUCUUUAACAUCACUCAACAUUCCUGGAUAAAGUUAGAUGUACCUCACUCUGUUAGUAAGAGAUGGGCUCAUUCUCUCUCAGUGUUCAUUAUGAGUCCUCAUUGUGUCUGGAUAAUAACUGAUGGAGGAUAUGAUAAGAGACAGACAUUAGUCACUAAUCCUAACAUUGUUAUGAUAACUGAACUAGUUACUAACAGUAAAGGAGAGUGGACAGUAGGUGAUACAUUAGAUACCAAUGGUAUGAAUAAUGAAGAAUACAAGAAGAAGUAUCAGGAGCAACUACAGACAGGAAGAAGAAUAGAGUUGGAGGAGUACCAGAAACCAAGAAAAAGAGAUACAGCCGAUAUUGAGCGAACCGUACAAGCUCUUAUGAAGUGUCUUGAAGAGAAGGAGAGGGAGCUACGUCAGUCUCAAGAAGCAGUUCGUAGGUACCAGCAACAAGCACUUACUGAUGAUCACUGGGUUAUUAAUAAAGAUGAGGUGACUUCAAACAGUUCCAGACAUGAACGGAAGAGCAUUACUGGCACACCAGUUAUACCUGAAGUAGCUUAUAGAGUGAUAUCCGAAUGUAUUUCAGGAAUCAGACGCUGUGGGAUUGAUCUUCACUUAUUAGCAGAGAAGUUAUUAGAGAAGAAGAUAAUAAAUAAUAGACAAAAGAGGAAAGCCACUGAUGAACACAGUGGACGUACCACUGACCAGAGAAUGGAUCAACUACUUGAUAUUAUUAAAGACUCUGUACAACAAGAGGGAAAGGUUUUUGAGUAUAUUUUAGAAAUACUCAAAGACGAAGAUACCAUACUAGCUAACAAACUGUAUGAUGAUAUGAUUAGUAAAUAUGAACAAUAUAAAUAGUAAUGCCAACAUUUAUUAUUAUUGUGUUUGAUUUGUAUUACAAUAGCAAAGUUAGUAAUUAUAUAUAGUACCCAUAAUUGAGAGUGGACUUUAAAGUAUUUUGUGUUUAUUUUUCUUCUUAAUGUUUGUAUUAAUUGUAAUGAAUUGUUAAAAGUGUGAAA